AUGCAUGUUCCAUACCCUCCUCUUCAUACAUAUUAUCAGCCAGGAGACAUACUCAUUGGUGCUGUUGUGUCUCACUUCGGCAUUAUCACCAAUUUAAUAAUAGACUUCAAUGAAGAACCCCCACCACCAUUAUUGGAGGAGCUUGUUGUAGUGCCUAAGAAUUACCAGCACAUCCUCGCCUUGGCAUUUGCAGUAAAGGAGAUCAAUGAAAACCCUCAGAUCUUACCCAAUCUCACUCUGGGCUUCCGCAUCUAUGACAGCUAUGACACUGCAUGGAAGACCUAUCAUGCCACACUGCUACUUCUAUCAGCACUAAACAGAUUGGUCCCCAACUACCUAUGUGACAUCCAAAAAAAUCUAAUAUCAGUCAUUGGGGGGCUGGAUUCCCAAAUCUCUCUUUAUGUGGCAACAGUUUUGGAUAUCUAUAAGAUUCCACAGCUCAUAUAUGGCUCUGCUCCAGUAAUGAAUGAUAAAACCCCAGGCCUUUCCUUCUACCAGAUGGUCCCUCAGGAAGCCCACCAGUAUGCAGGGAUUCUCUCUUUGCUCCUACAUUUUAAGUGGAUGUGGGUCGGUGUCCUUAUUAUGGAUGAUGACAAUGGAGAAAGAUUUGUGCAAGCUGUGUUCACAGAGUUUUCCCGGAAUGGUGUCUGUUUUGCUUUCAUAGAAAGACUCCCCAAAUUCAUUUCUGUCAGUCAGUUUAUGGAUAUGCUACAACAGGGUGUAAAAAUAUAUGAUCACGUCAUGGGCAGCAAAGCUAACACAGUUGUGGUCUAUGGAGAUUCUUAUUCCAUGGUGUUUCUGAGAUGGUUCCCGUAUGUGCCCGCAAUAGAGCAGGUGACAAACCAACCAAAAGGUCGAGUGUGGAUAAUGACAGCCCAGAUGGAGCUCACAUCUUUCCUCUAUCAAAGGAAUUGGGAUACAGAAAUAAUGCACGGUGCUCUGUCCUUCACAAUUCACUCCAGUGACCCACCAGGAUUCAAGCCAUUUUCUAAGGGCAGAAACCCUUCCAGCACAAAAGAAGAUGGAUUUAUCAGAGACUUUUGGCAUCAAGUCUUUGACUGUGUUCUUCCAGAUACUAUUGUGGGCAAUGUGGAUGGGAAUAUUUGCAAUGAGGAGGAGAAGCUGGAGAGCCUUCCAUCAAUUUUCUUUGAAAUGAGCAUGGCUGGUCACAGCUACAGCAUCUACAAUGCCGUCUAUGCAGUGGCCCAUGCUUUACAUGCUAUGUCCUCAUCUAGACUGAAACACAGAGCAACGACAGACAGAGGAGGACUGAACUUCUAUAAUCAAGAUUCAUGGCAGCUCCAUCACUUUCUGAGACGUAUUUCAUUUAACAACACUGCUGGGGACAAGGUUUCCUUCAAUCACAAUGGGGAAUUAAUUGCUCAAUUUGAUCUUAUCAACUUGAUUGCUUCCUUGAACAAAUCCUUUCAUAGAGUGUACAUUGGAAGGGUGGACCCCCAGGCUCCUCCAGAGCAAGUGUUCAUCAUCAGUGAGUCUGCCAUUACAUGGCACAACUGGUUUAACCAGACACAGCCUAACUCUGUAUGUACUGAGAGUUGCCAUCCCGGUUCUAGCAAGAAAGUGAAGGAGGGGGAGCCAUUUUGCUGCUACGAUUGCAUCCCAUGUCCAGAGGGGAAGAUUUCAGACCAGAAGGAUAUGAAUGAGUGUCAUGAAUGUAAAGAAGAAAACUAUCCAAACAAAAAACAGAAUUUCUGUAUUCCUAAGGUUGUAACCUUUUUGUCCUAUGAAGAACCUUUGGGGCUCAGUUUAGCCUGUUUUGCUUUUUUCUUUGCUUUGAACACAGUUCUGGUGCUAGGAAUAUUUAUGAAGCACCACAACACACCGAUAGUCAUAGCCAAUAACCGGGACCUCACCUACACUCUCCUAAUCUCCCUCAUGCUCUGCUUCCUUUGUGUGUUGCUGUUCAUUGGCCAGCCUCAGAAAGUGACGUGUAUCCUUCGACAAACUACUUUUGGCAUCAUCUUCUCAGUGGCUGUUUCUUGUGUGUUGGCAAAAACCAUUACAGUGGUUCUGGCUUUCAUGGCCACAAAACCAGGAUCCAGGAUGAGGAAGUGGGUGGGGAAAAGACUGUCCACCUCCAUUGUUCUUUUCUGCUCCCUUGUCCAGGCAGGCAUUUGUACUGUGUGGCUGGUUACCUCUCCCCCAUUCCCAGAUAUUGACAUGCACUCAGUGGCUGAAGAAAUCGUGUUAGAAUGUAAUGAGGGGUCUACAACUAUGUUUUACUGUGUUUUGAGCAAUAUGGGAUUCCUGGCCAUUGCCAGUUUCACUGUGGCUUUCUUUGCCAGGAAGUUACCUGACAGUUUCAAUGAAGCCAAGUUCAUCACCUUCAGCAUGUUGGUCUUUUGCAGUGUUUGGUUAUCCUUUGUUCCUUCCUACCUGAGCACAAAAGGAAAAUACAUGGUAGCUGUGGAAAUUUUUUCAAUCUUAGCCUCAAGUGCUGGGCUGCUGGGUUGUAUAUUUUCCCCAAAGUGUUACAUCAUUAUGUUCAGACCUGAACUGAACAAUAAGGAACAGCUAGUAAGAAGGAAAAAAUGA